CAGCAUUAGCUGCAGCGACUGCGGCAACAGCUGUAGCAGAUCCAACAAAAACUACUCAAGGAGAUUUGAUAAUUCCAUCAAAUUUCUUUGAACCAGAUGAAGAACAAACUAAAUCAAUUCAAUUAGAUCGUCCAGCUAGAGAACUUUUAAUAUGGUCUAUAUUAGUUGGAAAAUUACGUAUGGCUGAAUUAUUUUGGACUAUGGAAAAAGAGCCUAUCGCAGCUGCUCUAUUAGCUUCAAUUCUAUUGACGUCUUUAGGGAAUAAAACAGAUGACUUUACUGAUAAAGAAGAUUACAGAAGCUUUGCAAAAAAUUUUCAAGAACGUGCUGAAGGUGUUCUAAAUGAAUGUUAUCGUGAAGAUGAACAUAGAACCCAAUUAAUUAUAAAUCAUGAAUUAAUUUAUUAUGGUCGUAGUUCAGUUAUUAAAUUAGCUGCUGAAGGUCAAAGUAUCAAAUUUAUGGCACAUCCAUGUUGUCAAGAUUUUCUUACCAAUACAUGGAGUGGUAAUUUAUCAACUAAAAAUAGUGUAUUUAGGUAUAUUAUGGGAGUUGUUUGUGGUUUGACAUUACCAUUUUUAAUACCAAAAGUUAUAUUAUCCAAGCCUAAAACAAAUCCAACUACUGAAGGAGAAGAAUCAAGUCCUACUUCUGAACAACAAGCAUCUACACAAAAUAAUCAUACUAUGAAAUAUGUCUUAACUGCAGAAGAUGCUGGUAAAAAAGGCGUUCGGAAAACAUUACAGGCUAGAACCGUGGAAUAUAUUUCACAGAUUCGUGACUUUUAUAUGGCACCAGUUGUUCGUUUUGUGUAUAAUACUAUUUCAUAUAUUACAUUUCUCAUCUUAUUCAGUUAUCUAUUAUUAGUUGAUUUUCGUAUAAAUAUAACAGUUGUUGAAUAUAUUGUUAUUGCUUGGGUUAUUACAUUAUUUAUAGAAGAAAUUAAACAGAUUGCAUGGGCUGUAUUAUCUGGUAUUAGUUUUCGUACUUAUAUCUCUGAUGGAUGGAAUAAAUUAGAUUGUGCUGGUUUAGCUUUAUAUAUAAUUGGUUUUAUAUUACGUUUAAUUGUAUUAUUACGUAUAGGAAAAGAGAAUAAUUUUAAUAUAAAAUAUGAACGUUAUUAUAUUGUUACAGAUCCAAUACUUGAUCCAUCACGUAUAUGUCUUGCUAUUAGUUUAUUUACAUUUUAUAUAAGAUUAAUGUAUACAUUUAGUUUUCAUAUUGCAUUAGGACCAAAAUUAAUUAUGAUUGGGAAAAUGGUGACCAAUGAUUUAAUCCCAUUUAUGAUUAUUUUAACUGUGAUUAUGGUUGGUUAUGCAGUGGCUGCACAAUCAAUCGCUUAUCCAAAUGGUUUAUUUACCAAGGAGAAUAUGACAUUGAAUUCUGAAAUUAAACAUAUGACAUUUGCUGAUAUUAUAUUUUCAAUGUAUACAACUGCUUAUUUUCAAAUGUUUGGUGAUUUUAGUUUAGAUGCAUUACAAGGUGAAGAUCGAACAUGUCAAAAUCAUAUGUGCCCUACGAAAACAUCACGCUGGCUUGUACCUAUUAUGCUUGGAUUCUAUGUGUUACUAACUAAUAUACUAAUGUUCAACUUACUUAUUGCCAUGUUUUCUAAAACCUAUGAAGAAAUCGAGAGUGCAUCAACAUAUUAUUGGAAUUAUCAAAGAUAUCAAAUGAUCAAUGAUUAUGUUCAUAGAUCACCACUUGCUCCACCAAUCAUCAUUGUUUGGCAUUUCUAUGAAGCAUAUAAAGCUAUUGGAAAUCAAUGUGCAAGUUUAAGAAAUGCUGAAACAGCAAAAUAUAAUCCAUUUUGUGUACGAUUUACUGAUGUGAAGAAGGAAAGGGAAAUGGUAAAAUGGGAACAUAUGAAAGCUAUGGAUUAUUUAAGAGAACCAUCAACUAAAGCAACUGGUAAAAGAGGUGUAGCUGAAUCACGUGCUGUGGUAUUUCGUGGUGGUGGAGGUGUUGGUCCUGGUCAAGGACCAGUAAUGGAUUUAAAAAGUGAAAUGUCCAGUGUCACAGAGGGUAUUGGAAUGGAAUUAGAAAAACGAUUCAAAGAGAUUGAUAAUCAAUUUCAACGUUUCAAUGAUGUUGAUUCACGUUUAAAUGAUGUAACACAAUUAUUAACAAAUUUAUCUGAAGUGAUAAGUAAUGUGACGGAAACACAACAACGAAUUAUUCGACAAAUAAAUGAACUUCCUACUUGUCAAUGUAAUGAAUUCACUGAUGAAGUUGUUCCUGUACAAAAAUCCACUACACCUCAAACUGAUUCAGGAACAGCAGAGACUAGAAAACGUACAAAACUAGAAGUAGCUAUUCAAUCUGCAUUAGAAGCAGCUAAAGAUGUACUACGACCACCAACACCACCACCACCACCGCCACCACCUCCUCCACCCCCAAGGGAAUCACCUGUUCUGUUAGCUGCUGUUGUUCCUGGAUCAGAAGAUGAUUCAAGUGGUUCAGAAGAAGGUGGUGAUCCUUCAGCUGAUCCAGUUUUAGUACCUCAAGUUCCAGAUAUUAAAACUGGACGAGUUAUAGAAAGAACAUUAGGUGAUCAUCGAUUAUGGAGAAUGGCUCCGUUUAAUUUUGAAAAAUAUCCUGGAAUGAGAAUGAAUGUACCACCUGAACGAAUGGCAUGGACUGUUGAAUAUCCGGAUUAUUUUGCCUAUGAUGCUUGUGAAGAAAUUUUAUUAUUUCCAUCAGAAGAAUCCCAUGAUGGUGUCAAUGAAAAUCUACGUACAAUCAAUUUUAAUCAAUAUGAUACAAAAGUUAAAUUACGUAGACAAAGUUUACUUGGUCGUUAUCGUUUAGAUUCAACAACUGGUGCACCAUUAAAUCCAAUGGGUAGAACAGGUUUAUUAGGUAAAGGUUUAUUACCACGUUGGGGUCCAAAUCAUUCAUUUGUAUUAUGUAUAACAAGAUGGACAAGAGAUACACGUACUGGUGCACAAAUAAUAAGAAGUAAUCGUGGUGUAUUACAAUAUUUAGCAUUAGAACGUAAUAAAAGAUUAUGUAUGCCAUGGUAUUUAACAGAUCAUACUAGUAAAUGUGAUUUUGAUGAAUGUGUACCGAAGAUUAUCAGCAGUUUAAUUACACGUCGAGGACAUGCUAUGCUUCCAGAGAAAAGAGUUGAUCGAUUAUUAAAACGUAUUGAAAAGGCUGAAGUUACACAGAUUUUCAAAGGUUACUUAGAUGAUCAAUUAAAUGCUGACAGUGCAUGGAUGGAAACUGUUGUGAUUAAUUUACAUGAAUCUGAGAGUAAAGGAGCUCAACUUCCAGAUGAUAUACUAAAGUUACUUAAUGAACCUAAUACAGAAGAACAAUCUAAAUGGAUUGAAGUAUCACAUAGUAGUAAUCUACGUACAAGUCAUAAUUAUAUACUUAAAAAUGUUGCAGAACUUCGAAGAGCAUUCUAUUAA